AUGUUCGGUUUCUCCUCUUACCAUCCGGUUUUGUUCUACGAGGAGGAGGCGGCGGCUCUGCCUCACGACCUUCUUCCCAACGGCGAUAACUCCUCCUUUCAGCUCCCUCGGUCUUAUCUCCACAGGAGCAGCAGCGGCCAAUCGUUCCCCCUCCACUGCCACGGCUCCGAGCCCACCCACCCACCCUAUUCGUCAUCAUCGUCGUCCUCGUCCUCCUGCGACUACCUCGACUUUAAAGCUGGACCGGGAAUGAACUGUCCGAACGCGAGUCAUCGAGUGGGACGAUACAGCGCCGAGGAGAGGAAGGAAAGGGUCCAGAGGUACCGAAACAAGCGCAACCAGAGGAACUUCCACAAGAAGAUCACUUAUACAUGUAGGAAGACACUGGCCGACAGCCGGCCGCGAGUGAGGGGUCGGUUCAUGAGGAACGAAGGCUUGGAGAUUGAAACCGAGACGGAGGCGGCGGUAGCGGAGACGCCGAACAUCGUGAAGUUAUAUAGCCAUGAUAACCGCGAGGAGAAAGAGAGAACGAGAAACAACGUGGACGUGGACGUGGACGUGGACGUGGACGUCGACGCCGAUUGGAGGAGCCAUUUGCAAGCAGAGCUGGCGACAGAGGACGAAGCCAAUAGCUUCUUCGACGAGGAUCUCAUUGCCAGCUUCGCCGACGCCUUGUCCAUCAAUCUGUACUCCUAAAUGCUAUAAAGGAGGGAAUGAAACGACAGAAGCCGGAAUGUUUCUUCUGCCUAAACGCACAUGUAGAUAUGGAUAUGUAAAUUGGAAAUCUCCCAGAAGAUCUAUAAUAAUCCAUGGUAAAAUCUCCAUCUCU